AUGCCGGAUUAUUCCAUCCUUGGUAUAGUUGAUGGAGAGAAUGUGGAAUGUUAUCUUUCUUCAAUUGGUGCUGUGAUAAAUAAACUUUUCAAAAAACUCGGAGGAAAGAUCAUCAAACCAAUAAUCACAGAAAAUAAAAGAUCCAUGUAUUUUAAGAGAUUUGAUCUUGAGAGUCUUUUCUCCUCCAAGCCACAUAUGGAAAAAAAUAUGGAGUAUUAUUCUCAUAGAAUCAUGCUUGAUACCGAAGAAGAGACUGAUUUCAAUCCGAGUGAUUUCGAUUCAUCUGAUUCUGGAAAAGACGAUUAUAAAGUAGUAAAUUGUAAUACUCAAAGUCAAAUCACAUAUGGUGUAAUGUCAGAUUCCAGCAAACAACUUAAAAUUCAAUUCUUCCGUAAAUUAUCCCAGAGAACAAACAAGGUGGAGGUUCGCAGACGUGUCUUAUCGAAGAGUUAG